AUGAGUUCUAUACGUAAGUCUGCUCGUGCUCGUACUUUAACUGCUAAGGUUAAAGACAAUGCAUUUAACACCACCACUAACUUUAAUUUAGAUUCUGGUAAAAAGAGAAAUAUAGAAAAUCAUCAUCAUGAUAGUAAUAAUAACACUAGUCAGAUUAAAAAGAGGAAAGUGAUAGAGGAACCAAUACAGGAUGAUAAGAUUGAUCCAGUGGAGAAGUUGUUAAGUUAUACUAAUAUUAAUAAUGAUUUCUUAUUGGAUUUAGAUUCUGAUUUUAUUGUAUCAUCUCCUGAAUUACUCGAGGAUGAUGAAGAUUCAGAUGAAGAUUCAGAUGAUGAAGAAGAUUGUCAAGAGAAGGAUAUUCAACAGGUUGAUUUCACAAAAAUCUUACAUGACAAUAUAAGGCAGUAUUGCUCUAAUUUCAAAAAAUCUCCUAUGGAAAUUUAUUCAAAUCCAUCAUUUGCAUUAUUAAAUAAAUCAACUCAUAAUCAAUCAUUUUCAUCUGCAUCGGUUGUUCCUUCAUCAGGUCAACAACAUCAUCAAGUUCAAAGAUUUCAUAAUAGUGAACCUUCUCGUUCCAUUAUAACUUCUUCUUCAUCUAUUGCAUCUUCAGCUCAUAAUAGUAUUACUUCUGAAGCUGGCACUUUAGCAUCUCGUUUAACUUCAACUACUGCUACUACUGCUCCAUCAACUCCUUCUAUUUCAUAUCAUAAUCAUAAUGACGUUCCAUUCUUUAGAACAGUUAAUUUCUCAGGUCCAUCAAAGAAACAACAACAAGCUCAAAAUCAAUUAAAUUUACAAAAUAAUUCAUUUGAUGAAUAUUUUUCAUAUGGGGAUGAAAUUAAGAUUGAAAAAGUUGAACUGAUUAAAAAGGUUAUGAGUAAUACUAAAGAUUAUAGUUAUAAUUAUGAAGAUGAAGAUUAUAUUUCUCCAACUGAUCAACCAGAACCUAAACAAGAAGUUAUUCAAGAGACUAUUAUUAUUGAAGAUGAAGAAGAUGAUGAAUCACCAUUAUCUACACCAACUUUAAAUGAUAAUAAAAUGAGUUUCCAUUGGAGACAAAAUCAUAAUAAUUUAAACUUGGCAUUAAAUGAUUUUUCCAAAUCAGUUAAUCAUAAUCAUCAUCAUCUUGAUCAACCUCAACAAUCUCAAUUCAUGAUGGAUCAACAAAAUGAAGAUAUUUACAAAAUCUUAAAUAAACAUUCAAUUUUAACUGGAAAAGCAAGUGAAAUGAUUAGUUCGGGAAACUUUUUAAUUAAUGAUUUUUUCAUCUAA